AUGAAUCAGACCAUAUAUAGUCCAUCUAGAUCAGGAACUAAUGGUGGUGAAAAGAUUGGAACAAGAGGUGCAUCAAAUAUUGGGACAAGUGGAGGUGGUGGAGAAGGAACUAGCGGCGGUGGGAAGAAUAUGAACGGAGGUGGUGAUGGAACUAGUGGUGGUGGGAAUAUUAUAAUCGGAGGACGUAUAGGUGGAGGUGGGGAUGGAACUAGUGGUGGUGGACGGAUUAUAAUUGGAGUACGUCUCGGCGGAGGUGGCGAUGGAACAAGUGGUGGUGGACGGAUUAUAAUUGGAGGAUAUCGUGGUGGAGGUGGGCGGAUUAUAAUUGGAGGACGUCGUGGUGGAGGUGGAGACGGAACUAGUGGUGGUGGACGGAUUAUAAUUGGAGGACGUCUCGGCGGAGUUGGCGAUGGAACAAGUGGUGGUGGACGGAUUAUAAUUGGAGGAUAUCGUGGUGGAGGUGGGCGGAUUAUAAUUGGAGGACGUCGUGGUGGAGGUGGAGACGGAACUAGUGGUGGUGGACGGAUUAUAAUUGGAGGACGUCUUGGUGGAGGUGGUGACGGAACUAGUGGUGGUGGACGGAUUAUAAUUGGAGGACGUCGUGGUGGAGGAGGCGAAGGUACUAGUGGUGGUGGACGGGUUAUAAUUGAAGGACAUCGUGGUGGAGGUGGCGAUGGAACUAGUGGUGGUGGACGGGUUAUUGAUGGAGGACAACCUCUUUUUGGUGGGGGCGGGCAAGGAACUAAUGGUGGAUGUGGCUUUGAUUUUCUUCUUCCGUGA